AUGGCAGGGGAAGAAGCAGCAACACCCAUCUCGGUGCAAGAACCCGGCAAGCCGGAACUCCACGAGACCACCGUCGUCGUUGUCGGCGACGCAGAAAAGCAGGCCACCACCACCACCGCCGAUGCCACGGCGAUGGCGUCCAGGCUCCAGCACCUCUCGCUGUCGGCGCAGACGAUCCACGCGGACGACUACCUCAACUCCCACCAGUCCGUCGCGCCGCCCAUGCAUGUCUCGACCACGUUCCGGUAUAAUCGGGACCCGGAUGAGCUGAGGCCGUGGGUGAAUGUUAAUCCCAACAACCCGCACGACUCGCACGUCUACUCCCGCGCCAGCGCCCCCAACACGACGCGCCUCGAGGCGGUCCUGACCUCCAUCCUGCACGGGCCGACGCUGACGUACUCCUCGGGGCUGUCGGCCUUCCACGCGCUCCUCGUCUUCCUCAACCCGCGGCGCGUGGCGAUCGCGGGGGGGUACCACGGGUGCCACGGGGUGGUGGCGCUGCUGUCGAAGCUGACGGGGCUGGAGGCGGUGGACCUCGAGGCGGAUGACCUCGGGGCGGCGGGGAUGCGCGCGGGCGACGUCGUGCACGUGGAGACGCCGGUGAACCCGACGGGCGAGGCGCGCGACCUGGCGGCGCACGUGCGCCGCGCGCGCAGCCUCGGGUGCACGGUCACGGUCGACGCGACGUUCGCGCCGCCGCCGCUGCUCGACCCGUUCGCCUGGGGCGUCGACGCCGUCAUGCACAGCGGCACCAAGUACUUCGGCGGCCACAGCGACAUGCUGUGCGGCGCGCUGGCCGUGCACCCGAGGCACGCCGGGUGGAUCGCGGGGCUGCGGGACGAGAGGCUGGUGCUGGGGUCCGUGAUGGGGAGCCUGGAGGGGUGGCUCGGGGUGCGGAGCCUGCGCACGCUGGAGGUGCGGGUGAGGAGGCAGAGCGAGGAUGCGGAGAAGCUGGUUCGGUGGCUCGCGGGGGAGGCGGCGGGGGGAGGAGGGGUGGUGGGGGAUCUGGUGGCGGAGGUCAAGCAUGCUUCUUUGCAGGCAGAUGCGCUGAGGCCACAAGCAGGAGGAGAGCCAGGGUGGCUGAAGCAGCAGAUGCCGAACGGCUUCGGCCCCGUGUUCGCGGUGUACAUGAAAAGCGCAGACGAGGCGCGCCGGCUGCCCAGCAAGCUCUCCCUGUUCCAGCACGCCACGAGCCUCGGCGGCGUCGAGAGCCUGGUCGAGUGGCGCGCCAUGACCGAUGCUACCGUUGACAGGAGACUCCUCCGCUUCAGCAUCGGGCUCGAGGGUUUCGAGGACUUGAAGGAGGACUUGGUACAGGGGUUCGAGGCGUUGCGGGCCGAGAGGACGGGAAAGGAGGGGGAAGGGGAAGCGGCGGGGACUGGUGCUACUAAUAUUCUUGGGGGGGUGUAG